GACUUGGCAUCUUGCGCUUGUGUUUUUUCGCGUAGUGUUGAAAAAUCUCGUCGUACCAGCCGUACCAGGGGAACUUUACUGAAAAAAAAAUAAGUGAACAUUUUCUUCGUGUCUGCCAAAUAAUCUGCGUCGGCAUCGCCGUGUCUCGCGUCUCGUUUCCUGCUCGCUAGUUUCCGGUAACCGCGAAAGUGGAGUGUAUUUUCAACCAGGUUGGUUUAGUUGUCCCGUGUUAAAAGAAGAAGAUUCAGUAUUAUUUCUCGUUCGAACCGGAAAAGUUGAAAAAUUUCUGGUUCUAGGAUGGUUUUUGGAAGAGUGCGGUUCGAUGUUUUGGAUGAAUGGGUUAGGGGGAGAUGCAGAAAGGUUGCAGAACGAGUGGCGCUUGAAAACACUAAUACAUUCCCGCGUGAGAGCUUUGUGAUUUUGAGUGUGUGGUAGUGCUUAGCAGUGAAGAAAGGCUGGCCCUGCAGUUUGGGAUGAAAACACCACCACAUGCGGUGAUGGUGUGUGUAAAUAGGAAAGGCAAAAGGCUGCGGUUUAUGUUUUUUAUUCGCUGAGCUGUCAAAAUUUGUUUUCCUACGACGUGUGACGUUCCUGCUGGAUGUUGGACCGAAAUAUUAAAUGAAAAAUAAAAAUAUAGAAAAUAAUAGGAAUUUAAGCUACCGCCGUGCAGUAUUAGUUCGUUUGUUUUUGAUUUUGUGCAUGGCAGAAUGAUAUUGUUAAAUUCGGUGUGAUUUCUCCAGCGGAAGAAGAGCAAAACGGUGGUCCAAAGUGUUGGUGGUAAUUUUAUUCACACGAGAAUCAUCAUCAGUCAUGAAUAGCGAAGAAAACGGAAAGUGUCGUAUCCUGUUAGUUUGAUACCUCUGUUUGAGCCUGCUGCCGACGUCUGAAUGAGUCCAAAAAAGUGAAACAAGCAGAAGAAGUAAAAGCAAAAAGUGUUGAUAUCGCAUUUAUAAAUUAUCAUUAAAGUGUACCCUUGGGAAAGGAAGAAAAGUUACGAGGAAAAAGUGUUACUGGCCGGUUUGAUCAGUUCGAUCGGAAGGAAAUCGAACAUCCUUCCGUGUGUCCCGUGGUCAUUGUCCCCGUAGAAGAGAGCAAUAAUAGCCUUCUCUAACGGAAGCAACCGAAAGUGGAUAAAGUGAAGUGUCAAAAUCCUGGAUCUAUAGCGCGCGGUAGGCCAUCGGUAGAAGGCAAACCAUGAACCAUCUUCCUGGAUCGUCUCCGCGGUCACCGGCGCCAUCGCCUGAUCCGGAUGUGGAUGACGGGAGCAGUAAGAAGCAGGCUACUAGGGUAUUCAAAAAGAGCUCCUCCAAUGGGAAAAUAACAGUCUACCUAGGAAAACGUGACUUCGUGGACCACAUAACGCACGUCGAUCCCAUAGAUGGCGUCGUACUGAUAGAUCCGGACUACGUGAAAGAUCGUAAAGUUUUCGGACACGUACUGGCCGCCUUCCGAUAUGGGCGCGAGGAUUUGGACGUGCUCGGGCUGACGUUUAGGAAAGACUUGUACCUAGCCUCCGAACUGAUCUUCCCCCAGCAGGAAACGGACCGACCGCUGACCCGGCUUCAGGAACGGCUGAUCCGCAAGCUCGGACCAAACGCCUACCCGUUCUACUUCGAAGUGCCGCCACACUGUCCCGCCUCGGUGUCCCUGCAGCCGGCCCCGGGCGACACCGGCAAACCAUGCGGCGUCGAUUACGAGCUGAAGGCCUUCGUCGGCGAAACGCCUGAGGACAAACCGCACAAGCGGAACUCGGUGCGGUUAGCAAUUAGAAAAAUUAUGUACGCCCCCUCGAAGCUGGGCGAACAACCAUCGAUCGAGGUCAGCAAGGAGUACAUACUGAAACCAAAUAAGAUCCACCUGGAGGCGAGUCUGGAUAAGGAGCUUUAUCACCACGGCGAAAGUUUAUCGGUGAAUGUACAUAUAGCGAAUAAUUCGAGUAAAACGGUUAAGAAAAUCAAAGUGUCGGUGCGGCAGUUUGCCGACAUUUGUCUCUUCUCGACGGCGCAGUACAAGUGCACCGUGGCGGAAGUCGAGUCAGAGGACGGAUGUCAAGUGGCGCCCGGUUUCACACUGUCCAAAGUGUUUACGCUGACUCCACUGUUGGCCAACAACAAAGACAAAUGGGGCCUGGCACUCGACGGGCAGCUGAAGCACGAGGAUACCAAUCUGGCCUCCAGCACGUUGUCUCGCAACAUGGUCGAUGGAAAAUAUAGAAUUGCCGAUCCUUCCCAGCGGGAGAACCUCGGCAUCAUCGUGCAGUACAAAGUGAAGGUUAAGCUGUGCAUUACACCGUUGGGCGGUGACCUGGUAGCGGAGCUGCCAUUCAUCCUGAUGCACCCGAAACCGGAUGACGACGAACCGGUGAUAGGAGACCGAUCGCCGGGCCGAACGAUUGCCAACUCGGACAAGCUGCAUGCGGGGGCGGGUGGUGCCGGCAGUGGAGGAGGCGGCACCGGUGCCAGCGACCUGAACAAGAAUAGCAGCAACCGCGGCGGCGAGGCGGGCAAAGAGGACGGUCCCAACCUGAUCCAGCUGGAUGGCGAUGACAACUGUCCAGACGACGACAUAAUCUUCGAGGACUUUGCACGGUUACGUUUGAAAGGUGCUGAAACGGAAGCCUAAUAAAACCACGGUGUGGAAAAUUCAAUUUUUGAGGAUGACGCGCGCAUGUGUGUGUGUGUAUGUAUGGAUCGGAUAACGGUUCGGACGAGUGGUUUUGCCAAAAACAACAAUGAUCAGUACUAAAACAAUGCGGAACCAAUGCAGAGCAAAUAUUUUGGUUUAGAGUAGAGCAGUAAGCUACGCACUGUAGCAGCAACACCAUCAACACCACCACAACCAUUGUACUCUGUCUUUUACAGAAAGACCCAACCCGUAAGCGUGCAAGCGUGUAGUAGUAGUAUGAGUGUAAGCGCGUGUACCAUUUUUUAGCUGUACCAAAAGCCAGAAGAUCAUAAUGAACGUUGGAUUAGAAUUUUGAACCGAGUGUUGGACAAUGCUUUAGUAAGUUAUCGGAUCUAUAAUGGGAAGAAGCGGUAAGUGGGAGAACAACUGGUAGCUUAAGAUAUAACAAAUUAGUAGCAAGCAGCAGCUGCAAGCGUGCGCUCAAGAGAACACGUUUUUAACCGAAUCAGAAGCAGACACAACUCUACGCAACUCUACAACUAGUUGCGGUAGGAAAAUAAUAAUCAACUUUAAAGCAUUUACGAAGCGAGUAACGUCCGCUUCGCCUACUAAUACACAUACACAACUGUUAGUCAAAACCGGAUGGAUCCAAACAAUCGUUCUUUCCGUCGCCUCAUUUUCGAUGUAUGCGAAAAAACGUGCAGUGGAAAGAAAAACGUUUUAUACAUUAACUAACAUUUCCCUUAUUUAUUAAUGUUAAUUUGUCUGUUUUUUUUUAUGUAGGUAUGCCAGUUUCAUUUUAGCUUCUAUUUAUUAAUCUUUUUUUAUUUUUUUUUUUGUUUCUACCACGCAAGAUUUCUAAUAUAUACAUUUAUUCGUUUCUAGGGAGUAUUAUAGUAGGCAGAUAGAAAGCUUUACAUAAUUGUACGAGCACUGCAAAUAUUAGGCACAAGGUCGGUUAUAAAUUCAGUAUUUUUCGCGUUUAAAUUCAAAACAAUUCCGCUGCUCUAGCAAUGCAUUCCAAUGGAACAGCGAGGAUGAAACACGCAGACAUACAAGCAAACAAAGGCUUUGUUUUCUCACCAGUUGCUAGGCAACGGGUAUAUCACAAACACACUCACACAAACGCACACCGAAUUAGGCACAACAUUAGUUCCAUUAAACUCACUAACUGAAAUUUCAUGGAGAGCACGGCUGUUGUUGAUGUGAUAAAAAAUGAGGGCAUCAAUUUGUAAAGGUAGAAAACGAUUUCAAUUUUUCGAAACACACAAACAAUGAUGCAGUCUGUUUGUCUGUUGCUUAAGAGUUAGCUUUGAAGGGAACUUUCGGCCAAAAUUUUAUUCGAACUUAUUUGCAGUGGUUUUACUUGAAAACGCUAACGGGAAGAACCGGUAGUGAAAGAGGGUUUAGGAAGUUUUAUAAUGAUAUAAAAAUUGAUGUUCAAUACUGUUGGCUAUUUCGCAACUCGAUGUUUACUUUUUGUUUCACGUUAAUAAUCUACCCACCACCUUUAAAUGUGCAACAAUUUGAGUGUCUAAACGGUUCUCAUCGGAAACAGAAAUUCAUGUGCAAACUUUCUACGCAAGCAGUUAACCUCUGUUUUUAUCUAUAGUAGAUUUAUUGGAAACGUUUUCUUUUAUAUACAAAGGCGCGUAGUUGACACGGAACAUUUAAGAGAUAAUCUAAAAGUCCACUGCUGGCAUGAAGUGGCACUGUGGCACUGAAAGGUAAAAGAGAAAUAAUUAGAGCCAUCGAAUUUAUUUGUAGGGUAAUUACACGCAAAACACAUAAUCUAACUGGUUCAAAAAUCCAUGAAAAAGUAAAGUAAAUUUCAAUAUGUCUUCUUCCUUCAUACUUGAAACUUUUCCCUGUCUCGUACUAACCACUAAUCCACACCGAAACAACCCAGUAAGAAUUGCAAUCCAAUUUUGAAAAACAAACUUUUAAGACAAGUAAACAAACGUUCUAUCAAAUUCCACGAAACUUCAUGUUUAGUCAGAGUCAGUCAGUACGACGGCGAGAGAGCACUGCGACACUUAGGUGGAAAAUUUUAAAUGUUAUAUUACUUAUACACACACAACCAAACAACAACCAUCGCAUAACCGACGCGCAUUCAUAAGAGAGAGAGAGAGAAAAAUGUAGGUUAACAAUAUGAAAAAUGGUAUGAACAAAAGCAUGAAAACCCCUCUUUAUGAUAGGACGGACAAAUAGGUAUUUCAUCGUCAAUAAAAAAACAAUUAAUACACAACAAGCUGUAGUUAAAAGAAAACGAUUAACGGAUGAACGGUUAGCGGAAAUCAUACAAUAAAGAAAUAACAUAACAAAUCCAAGGAGGAGAAGCAGAAAGAGAAGAAGCAGAAGGAAGAAUUACAAAAA